AUGGUCAUGAAAAUUGAAAAGUUGGAACCUCUAUCACUACGAAUAGAAUGGAUGAGCGAUCUCGUUCAAGCUGUUGCUUUUCUAGAAUCACUUCAUCUUGCUCAUGGUGAUCUUCGACCCAAAAAUAUUCUGCCUGAUCGUAACAGAUUAAAGUUGUCUGAUUUUGAAGGUUGUAUACCUCGUUAUGGCAGAAUCCUUGAUACUAAUGAGAGGGAUGGAAUGAGUGGAAUAUUUGGCUUUCUUGGUCCUCAAACAGAACAGUUUGCUCUAGGUUUCCUCUACUAUUUGAUAAAUUAUGGGGUUGAGGUUUAUGGGGAUCGAUGUCUUACCGAAGACCCUAAAGAACACGGAAUUCUAUUAUCAACAACUGUUGGCACAAUAGAUUUAUCAAGGUCGCAGAUUUGGCCGCACAACACGAAAAAGCUUCUGAGCGAAAGAACUGGUGACGAUGAUAAAGGCAGUAAUAAGAGAGAACGCAGAAAGGAGAGAACCGAUACCGACACGGUUCCUCUCUUCGGAUGGAAUAUGAGCCGCAUGAUUCAAGGAUUGGUAUAUGGCCUCAAAAGCUUGUGGAUGUUAGUCUCACAGAGUACGAACGAUGAGGAAAUGUGCCAGAGAAUGACAAUCUGUGAAGAACUAGAAAAUCAAGGGCUUCUUCGCCUGCUUUCCUCAGGUGAACCUGAACAACUUGGAUUUACUUUCGAUUGGCAUAGGCAUAGUGACUGA